AUGAACCGUUCACGUAGCACAAACGCAACCGAAACCGUAACCACAACAACCACCACCAACCCAUACCACUCGGUGUCAGACCCGUGUUUAUCUUCUCACACAGAGCUUACAGAAGGUCGUCCUUCACGCAACAUGGUGGAGAUAAUCUUUCAUACAAGCUGGGGACCGAAGUCGUUUUCGGGUCGGGUUGAGAUGAUUUUCAAGGUUCAUAACGGUUCUCGAAUGGUUUCCCGGUUCGAGGAGUAUCAUGAAGCGGUGAAAACCCGGUCCGGUUCAGUUAACACAGGCUCAGAUGAUAAUCAUGAGGAGAAUGCACGGUAUAUUGCAGAUGGGAAUGAAGUGAUGAGGUUUCAUUGUUUAGGUCCCACUUCUGGCGAUGGUUCCUACAUGGAGCUAGUGUGGGGUAGUUUAUAA